CUUUUCUGGGUGUCUCUGUCUUCUGUUCCAAAGGUUUCUUUCCGCCCUAAUUGUUCCAUCUUCCCUGGAGACAUGUCCCCUAGGAAUACAAGCAGCCCAGCAUCCUGCAAUGGCAGUAGGGCCUGGAAGCUCUCUGACCCCAAGGACUUGAACCUGACUGACAAGGAGCUGAGAUUCAAGUACCUGGAGCCCCAGCAGACGGAGCUGUUCAUGCUCAUCUGUGUCACAUACCUGGUGAUUUUCGUGGUGGGCACCCUGGGCAACGGGCUGGCCCGCAUGGGCACCCUGCGCCACAAGACCAUGCGCACGCCCACCUACCACCUCUUCAGCCUCGCUGCGGCGGACCUGCUGGUGCUGCUGGCGAGCCUGCCCCUGGAGCUCUACGCGAUGUGGUGUAACUACCCCUUCUUGCUGGGUGCUGGUGGCUGCUACUUCUGCACACUGCUCUUCGAGACAGUCUGCCUGGCCUCCGUGCUCAAUGUCACCGCCCUGAGUGUGGAGUGCUAUGUGGCUGUGGUGCACCCGCUGCAGGUCCGGUCCACGAUGACUCGGGCCCACGUGCGCUGCAUACUCGGGGCCAUCUGGGGCCUUGUCGUGCUCUGCUCUCUGCCCAACACCAGCCUGCACGGCAUCCAGCAGCUGGUGGUGCCCUGCAGGGGUACGGUGCCCGGCUCGGCUGUGUGCACACCGGUCCGCCCAAAGGCCCUCUACAACCUGGUCAUCAGAUCCACUCUGUUCUUCUGCCUGCCCAUGGCCAUCAUCAGCGUGCUCUACCUGCUCAUUGGGCUGCGGCUGUGGCGUGAGAGGCUGCUAAAGCUUCUCAGGCAGAGAUACCGGGGCAGGGACAGGGCCAGCCGCAAGCUCCAGCCACCACAGGACAGGAGUCGAACACAGGUGACCAAGAUGCUGUUCGUGCUGAUGCUGGUGUCCGGCGACUGCUGGGCCCUGUCCCACGUCGACUGCCUUGUGCGGAGCUUCGUGUCCGAACGGACCGACAGUCUGCACCUCGCACACGUCGUCUCUGGUUUCGUCUUCUACCUCCUCUCGGCCACCAACCCCAUGCUCUAUAGCCUCAUGUCCACCUGCUUCCAGGACACCUUCUGGGAAGCCCUGUGCUUGGGGACCUGGUGCCACUGCCACAGACUCCGCAGCAGCUCCCACAGCCUCAGCCAGGUGAGCAUGGCCAGCACCCUGUGA